GCCAUGAUGAGAGCAUGAAAUUCACUCCCUUAGCUUGACCUGAACCAAGAUAAAAUUAAAUGCCUUUGUCGUCAUGUAAUAUUUAUCCCGCUUUGGACGGUAUCUAUGGAUUUACAAAAGAUGCAUCAUAGUUACAUUCGAUCCAUCUAUUUAUAAUGUUACUGUAGUAAAAAUGACAAGAAAUUAGUUGUUAAACAUAUUCAAAUACAAUAUGAUUGGAAUUAUAAGUUAUUGUAAAUAUGUAAUAUGAAAUUAUCUUAGUAAUAUGUUAAAAGUACAUACAUACACACGUACUAAAAGAGGCAACGCGGAGAUGUCAUUAGAGGAAGAACUAGGAAGCAGAACGUUAAUAAUGCAAAUGCUACAAAAAACGUUAAUGCAAGAUAUCAACUAAUUAGCACCGUCCAUUUCAUACUGGAAAUGUAAAAACCAAUCAGCGUCGUCCAUUUUGUCAUCUAAUUUUUUGUUAAUUCUUACUUGGCCACAACUUCCAACCACAUGUCGCUCUUUCUAUUCCCUUUAUAUAUUCCCAUCUCAAAAGUUCUUGGAGACACAAAAUAUCAUAAACAUAAACAUAAACAUAAACGCCAAUCACAGCUUCUGUACGUUUGGCGGUUUACAAUGGAGAAAGGUUUGAAGCGGUCUUGUGUUAUGGUGGUGGUUGCAUUCUUAGCUAUGGUUCAUGUCUCUCUUUCAGUUCCGUUCAUAAUACUUCAUGAAAUCGGAACUCAAUGUUCUGAUGCUACAAAUGCUAACUUCACACAGCUUCUCACUAACCUCUCUGGCUCUCCUGGCUUUUGCUUAGAAAUUGGCAAUGGAAUAAGCGAUUCAUGGUUAAUGCCACUUACACGACAAGCGGAAAUAGCGUGUGAUAAUGUGAAGCAAAUGGAAGAGUUGAGUCUAGGAUACAACAUUGUUGGAAGAGCUCAGGGGAACCUAGUGGCUCGAGGCUUGAUCGAGUUCUGCGACGGUGGGCCUCCUGUUUACAACUAUAUAUCCUUGGCUGGUCCUCAUGCUGGCAUCGCCGCUUUUCCUCCGUGUAAUGUAAGCUUUUUUAUUUCCUCUAAAUAUCAAAUAUUUAUCUUUUAUUUGACUUUUAAUCAAUCAAUCACAGUAACAACAUCAUAUUUUUCUGUUGUUUUUGGUUUUUCCUUGUUCAAGUCUGGUGGCAUUUGUAACAUAACAAAUGAGAUUAUCAAUGGAGAUGUCUAUAGCGACUUUGCUCAAGAUAAUCUUGCUCCUAGUGGUUAUUACAAAAACCCUCAUGUAUGUCUCGUCUAUUCACCAUAGUUUAUUAGGAAACUUGCAAAAUCAACAAAUUAGUAAACAAUGAUCAAAACAAAAACAUUAUUUUUUCUGUU